AUGACACGAUCAAGAGGGUCUGCAGUGUCAACUCCAACAAAGGAGGAACCUGAACAACAGCAACAGAGUGUUAUAGAUGGUGAUCAGGGAUCAUCUGUUACACAUAGACCGAGGAGAUCAUCGGCAACACCACAAAACAAGGACUUUGUUUAUGCAAAGGGUUCACCACAGCAACAGCAACAGCAACAGCAACAGCAACCACCACUAUCUCCGACUAGCCCAACGGCAAAGACACCUGCUGCAGCGGCAUCGGUCACGCCCAGGAGGGUGAUAGUCAUCCCGCCAAAGGGCACCCCAACCACAGACGACAAGAAGAGGAAGACGGCGGAGGAUACCAGCGCCGCUGCGAAUGCGAAUGCGACCGCGACCACACCAUCGCCGUCGACAAAGCGAUUGAGGGCCGCUGCCAUCGAGAAGACGCCACCCUCACUCAAUAGACGCAGGAACUCACCCGCCUCGUCUCGCGAAAAGACUAUCAAACAUGAUGAGAGCGAUGACGUUGAGGACGAGCAUGUGAGCAUCGACGAAUCCCCUGCCCUGCCCACACCGCCACUCAGCAAGAGCAAUCUAAAGUUGACGAUCAGGUUGCCUGAGAAGAAGACUGAGGUGACUGCUGCUGCAGUCACUCCAACAACCGAGGCUGUCGCGCCUGCCCCUGCUGCGGCUGCGUCCACACCAGCCCCACCAGCAGACACCCCAAAGAAAGGUCGUGGAAGAUGGCCCAGAAAGUCGGUGGAGGAGGCGCCAGCGACCCCAAUGGAGACAACAUCGUCGUCUUCGUCAACGUCUGAUCAUGCUCCCACCGAGACUACAUCGACAACUACAACGACUACGGCGACUGUCACAUCACCACAGAACAAGCUGACGACAAUCAGAAUCAAGAAGGACUUGCUUCAACCAAAGAUUGCAAAGACUGCCGCGACAACUGCAACAGCAGCACCAGAGAGUGAGACACAAUCACAACAACAACCGCAACAACAGACAGCCGAGCCAGUGAAGAGGCCUGGAUUCCCUUACAUUGAUCCCGCGACAGUAUCGAGCGAGCAUGUGGCGAGCAUGAAGAAGACUGUCAACAUCAUCAUACAUUUGUUGAUGAAGAAGGACGUGAAUAUGUUCUUCAUGGAGCCCGUCACCGAGGACAUUGCGCCCAACUACUUCACCUAUAUCAAGGAGCCAAUGGACUUCAAGACGAUGAAGAAUCGCAAUACGGCCGGCAAGUACUUGUCGCUGGACCAGGUGCUGUACGACUUCACAUUGAUCUGCGAGAACUGCAUGCUGUACAACGAGUCGGACUCGACCUUCUUCAAGGAGGCCAGGAAGUUGCUGACUGCGGGCCGCGUGCUGAUCCAGUCCUACGCCAACAAAGUGCCGUCGGCUGCCGGUCUCCCCGCCAGCGCCGAGCAAGGCACCUCGCCCGCAGGCAAGCCCAUGCUCACGGGCCCCGUCACCGCCAAGCCAUCCGCCGCUACUCUCCGUGAGCGCGAGCGUCGCGCGAGCGCCGACCCCAGCCCAUCGCCCCAACCCACGCCCACUCGCCACUCAAGAGGCCAUCACUCGGCCGCAGCCAACGAGGCCAAGGAGGAGCAGAGCAAGUCGCUGUCAGUCUCAGCGACCAAGAUCUCGCCAAUGACCAGGACAAAGAGCAAGCCUGGCUUGGUUCAACAGAACAAUGCGCCUCAAAUGCGCAACUCACAGGUCUACGCAGCGCCAUCCACGCCCGUCGUGUACAACACCCAGGGCAUGGCACCAUUUGCCAUGCCACAGGCUCCGCCCCAUCUCCAUCUGAUGCCGCCCGCGCAUCAUGACCACCCUGGCUCGCACAUGUUCUCAAUGACGGCCGACCAGUACACCCUGCCCCAGUCGACCAACGUGUCACUGCCCAAGAGGAAGUACGUCAAGGUGGGCACGUCCGAGGCCAACACACACACCCAAUCGAUACCGCCAACGCUCAAGUCCUCGUUCGCCGUGACCAAGUCGAUCAGUGAGGGCAAGGACAUAUUGGUGUCGCCGCACAACAUUGCCGGCCCGCACACCUAUAGCAUGUACAUUCCCAAAGAUAAGAGCAGGACGGACGCGGUCCAUGGCGCCUAUAGUGUGAUCACGGACGAGCUGUAUCCCAAGUUCCUGGCCAAGACCACCAGCUACCAGGAGUACCUCAGGAUUGAGAAGGAGAAGCGCGAGCAGUACUACAGGCUACAGAGACAGAUACAAGAACAACAGCAACAGCAAUAUCAGUAUCAUCAUCAGCAACAACAACAACAACAACAGCAACAAGAGGAGGAGGAUGAUGAUGAAGAGGAGUCAAGCGAAGGCGAGGGUGAGGGUGAAGAGGAGUCAAAUGAGGACACUUAUGAGGGACAAGCAACAACAGAGGCGAAGAUGGAUGACAACAACAACAACAACAACAACACAAUGACAUCAUCGAUAACAUCAACAACUACAGAGACGCCCGAAACUACCACUACCAUGACUGAGGCCACAACAACAACAACAACUGAGGCCACCAAUGAGUCCACCACAACAACGACUGAGGCCACCACCACCACAACAACCGAGGCCACAACAGAGUUUGCCCCAAUCGCCACACAUCCUACAGCAGAGGAUGCAAUGGAGAUUGAUACGAACCAACAUACAACGAUGAUGACUGAGCAGCAACAGCAACAGCCACAGUCACAACAACAGGAGACACAACCAAUGGACACCACGUCUCAAUGGAUCAAUGAACAGAGGAUUGUGGAGAUCAAGAGGGAGUAUGGUAUCGACAGACCAGUCACAUUGAAUGGUUUGCCAAACUUCCUCUACGUUGGCCCCGAGAAGUCGUCCGUCGCCAAUGGCGCAGCAGCAACAUCAUCGGCCAAGGCCGCCAACUCACUGGCCAACUCAUUUUCACAAGACUGCCUAUCAUAUCUCAACAAACAGAUGACAAGCCUGCUAAGCAAGGGCAAGUUGGAGCAGGAUGAGCAGCUCAAGUCGCACAUCGACGGACUGAUGCGCAGGACUGUGCUGAGGAGCGUCAAGGACAACAGCAACAGCAACAGCAACAGUCCAGCUGUGGAGAGUCUGCUCAGCGCCGACUCGGUCAAGCAACUGGCCAGCUCAUUCAAGAAUCAUGGCGUUGAUCUCUCAUUCCUCGACAACAUCGUCUUACCUGUAAAUGAACUUCAACACACAUCAUCAGCGAUGGCAUCGCCGGCGAAGCAGGACUUCUCCGACUCGACGCCACUUGUAGCAACACCUCCACCAGCCUCCCAAGACAUUGCCAGCGACGCGUCAACAUCAGCGACGACCGCGACGAGCGAGACGUCGAGCAAACAACCAAAGACCACCCAACAACUACUCGAGGAAGGCUUUGCCGAGAUCUGCAACCUGCAGCUGACACAGUACAUGAGGAAUGACAACACACCGACGGCGGCUGAGCUCCAGGUGGCCAAGGCGCUGCACGAUGGCAUUGGUCGACUGGGCGUCACGCUGCCACCAUCAGCCUACAUCAACUCACGCGAGGCCAUUCGUCAGAGCAUCAUCAAGAGUGGUCUGCACGUGGGCUCUGGUCGACAGCCACGUCCAAGCUUCCUGCAAGGCAGGAAAGAGAUACUUUCACCCAGUGGACAUGGUCAUGGUAUUAGUCUUGGUGCAGCGCGCAACAACUCUGAGGAGACUUUGGCCAACACAACAGCAUCUCUGACUUCAACAUCUACAUCAACAUCAUCAUCAACGUCAUCAACAUCUCCUGCAGUUACCUCAUCAACACCAACGUCAUCAACUUCACUAGCCAUACCCAAUGGAACAGUUGGCCAACAAUAG